AUGCCUUACGGUUCGACUCAAGAGACAGACACUUUUAAGGAAAUCUAUGUGAUAACUGAACUGCUGCAAUCGGAUCUGCACAAGAUCAUCGUGUCGCCGCAGCAUCUGUCGGCGGACCACAUCAAGGUCUUUCUCUAUCAGAUACUGCGCGGCCUGAAGUAUUUGCACUCGGCCAGGAUACUGCAUCGGGACAUCAAGCCGGGCAAUCUGUUGGUCAACUCCAAUUGUGUGCUGAAGAUAUGCGACUUUGGGCUGGCACGCGUCGAGGAGCCCGACCAGGCCAAGCACAUGACCCAGGAGGUGGUCACACAAUACUAUCGGGCACCCGAAAUACUCAUGGGCGCUCGCCACUAUUCGUCGGCUGUGGAUGUGUGGUCGGUGGGCUGCAUCUUUGGUGAGCUGCUGGGCCGGCGCAUAUUGUUCCAGGCGCAGAAUCCGGUGCAGCAGCUGGAGCUCAUCACCGAGCUGCUGGGCACGCCCACCAUGGAGGAUAUGCGUCAUGCGUGCGAGGGCGCACGCACACACAUGCUGCGGCGGGCGCCCAAGCCGCCAUCGUUCUCGGUGCUCUACACGCUCAGCUCACAUGCCACGCACGAGGCGGUGCAUCUGCUCUGCCAGAUGCUUGUCUUUGAUCCGGACAAGCGCAUUUCGGUGACAGAUGCUCUGGCGCAUCCGUAUCUGGAUGAGGGCCGUCUGCGCUAUCAUUCGUGCAUGUGCAAAUGCUGUUUCACUACCUCAGCCGGAAUGCGUCARUAUACGGCGGACUUUGAGCCCUCCGCCGGGCAGCCCUUCGAUGAUUUAUGGGAGCGCAAGCUCACCUCAGUGCAGCAGGUGAAGGAGGAGAUGCACAAAUUCAUUGCCGAGCAGCUGCAAACGGGCCGUGUGCCGCUCUGCAUUAAUCCGCAGAGUGCGGCCUUCAAGAGCUUUGCCAGCUCCACUGUGGCACAUCCUUCGGAGCUGCCCUUCGCCACAUCAAUGGGAAUGACGGCAAAAUGAGGCGAUUGCUGCCUAAAAUAUCAAAAGCAACACUCAGCAAACAACAACAACAGCAACAACUUGAACAACAAUAGCUAGCUAUGUACAUGCGUACACAUGUAUGUGUAUGCUAUAUAUAGCUAUAUCAAAUAUGGACAAGGAGCCGUGCGACUUGCAGCUCCGCUACAACGCCUUCGGGACAGCAAAUGGAUAACAACGAUUACAAUUUUAAAGCGCCAAAAAACAGUUUUGCUCAGCGCUGUCUGUUUCAAAGUUAAAGCAUUCCACCACCGAAACUAAAACAACAAACAAACAACAAAUAAACAAAAUGUAACGUAACUCAACUGAAACUAGUCUAAAGAAAAAGAAGAAAGAAAGAAACAAGAGUAAAGUAAAGCAAAGCAAACAACAAUCGAAAUUGUUUGCGGCACAAACAA